GUCACUCGCGCAUGUGUGUAUGCCUCUGCUUUGAUGCUUAUUCGUCUUUUUUUUUUCCUUUUUUUGGCUCCUUGCACUGCUAUAUGUUGCCCCCCUCGAAGGUGUGUAUGUACAUGUGCCCGGGCAGCGUAUGUCUAGCCCACUCGGUCCUUCGCCCCACUGCGUGUGUGUAAUCGCCUCUAUUUCUCCCCCCUCCAAAAAAACACCAACAGGAAUACCAACACCGCUUAAUACCAACAGCGCUGCCUGCUACAAUGUAUUUGUUUCAGAAGGCCAAAGACUCCCUUGUGAACUCGCUGCAAUACGAUAAGGGUUCCCCCCUUAUGCGGCUGACCAGCGUCUGCAAGGGGAUCCUGCGGGCCACGUUCCUUGUCUCCUUCGCGCUGCUCUUGCUAACUGUGUCCACCCUGUACUUCGAGCGGACCCUUUUUGCCAACAGAGACCUGCUGCAGACCCUCGCAGGGGCAUCGCUCCUCCUCUGCCUGCUCUCCCUAACCAUCCUGCGAAGAAAAAGUGGAGCCUACAUUUAUGCCAAAGUGGAGAUGUACCCUUUUUCCUUUAAGGACUUGAUUGACGUGUCACUGGCGACGGGCACGGUCACCAUCUCGGUGCUGGACAUCUUCCUGUGCUACCUCUGCCUUAUCGUGGCGUUCUUCACCUUUCUAACGGCGUUGUUUUCCCUUUAUGUGUGCCUAGACAGCCCGCACAUGAAGGACAACGAGAAUAUAAGCCUUUUCAGCAUGCAAUUCACGUCCGUCUCGUACAUCGGGCUGUACGCGAUAACGCAGUUUUGCACAUUCAAGUCUAUGCCCUACCACCCAGUGGAAUAUUUGGGAUAUAUAGUUAAAAACAUCAUGGAGGACAUCUUCUGCGUUGUGAAAAAGGCGUGGAAGUUUAUAUGCUAACAGGGUAAAAGUGAGUAAUUGGCAGGCCAAUAUUGUUCCUCAUUUUACUCCUUUGGAAGAGCUCUCUCCAAUGGUCCUGGAGCGAAGCUGCUGUGUGGACGCCCCACGAACUUCUCCCCUCUUAACGUGUGCAUAAAAUGUAUUUCCUUUUUUUCCGCAUUUCCACGCACGAGCAAAGUUGUGGCAAUUUUUUUUUUUAAAUUAUAUGAACAGUGUUGACCGAGCGAGAGUGAUAUCCCCCUCCAUUGAUGGGUUAAGAACUUCAUUUUGCGCCAUGUACAACACCUAUGUGAAUGACCCUCCCGAAAGAACUUAAUUAUUUUGUGAAGAAAGAGAAAGAAGAUCAUUAGGAGGGAUGAGUUUGUUUACCCUUUUUGCCUGAACAUGUUCAGGUGAUUUUUCUUUUUUUUUUGUCUGCCUAAAUACGUACAUACCAAUCUGCCUACCCCCAAAGGGUUACCUCGCGGGGGUGGACGCUUAAAGAUAGCUUACUUAUCGGCGGGUGGCCCAUCAGUUAGCAUAGUAAAGCUGCGAAGUGGCGCAGCCGUCGCAAGUUUUCACCGCAACUCCUGAGGGGGAAAAUUACGCAACUUUUGGUAAGCAGCUGUAUACCACGCGUUGGCGCAACUGAGCGGGAACAACUUUGUGGUAAUUUUUUCCUUUUCAACUUAGCCAUGGUACUGUUGAUGAU